GCUCGUUCGUUUAGUCAGUUCCUCCUCGCGUGGUUGGUUCGCGUGGUUGCGCAUUUUCUGGGUGGGCCUUUGUCUCAAAGUGAAUUAUAGUCAUAAAAAAGAGCUGCAAACCUUUUUGCGGUCGCCAAAAAAGGCGCUUGUCCCACGGUCAAUGUCGUUAUGCGUGUGUGUCUGUUUGCACUGGUGAGAUAACAACACAACGGCCUGUUCCUGUACACGCCUAGCUGCUGUUUUCCGUUGCUGUGAACGUAUGUGGCGUAUGCUGAUUGCUAUAAAGUGAUGUUGAGUGAUAGCAGCUGGUUGGGUGCUUCCGCCUCGUGAUCGCUGGAAAAAUGUUGUGACAAGCGCGAUCUGGGCUCCGUUUUGUGCAUAAACCUCCAGCUUCGGCCUACUGUGUGUUGUUGGCUUGUUGGCAAACAGAAAAAAGGAAGACAACGCGCGAGCGGUAGGAUAAUUACCAAAACCGUAGAGGCGAUCACAGCAACCGAGACGAACAUUGGAUUGGAUUGGAUUGCCUCACUAUGGAUGCCGCUACCGCCAAUGUCGGCUAUCAGCAGGGGCCGAAGGGAUUACCCAUCAAAUUACCAGGUGUACCGCUGAAUGCACCGCUGAUCGACUCGGCCGAAGAUCCACACCCGAGUCUCUCCGAUUGGCACGACUACGAGCCGAAUCUGGAGUUUGACGAUACGGAACUGUCGCAGACCACACCGGAACCGGGGGGCACCGUCGCGUUUGAUGAUACGAACUAUGCCGCCGAGUUUGAGAUUCCAUCGGAGGACGAAAUCAUCAAAACUACCCUCGAGGCAGACAACUACGAAGAGCAGCUGAAAAUGGUUGAGCCCGACGAGGAUGCCAUCCGGAAGGACUUUAAGAGGCGAAAAUUUAUCGAAUUCAUCGGAACCGAUAAGCAGGGCCAACCGAUCAUUGCCAUCUACGCGUGUCGAUUGCCGGAACGGAAGGACCUGAAUUCGAGUAUCUUCAUCGAUUUUAUUAUCAAAUCGAUGGAAGAGUUCGUCCAGAAUGACUACAUCAUCGCGUACUUCCACCAAGGCAUGAAGGAUAACAGCAAGCCGGCCCUCCCGUUCCUGUGGAACUCGUACAAGGAGCUCGAUCGAAGUUUCAAAAAGAACUUGAAGAAACUCUACGUGGUACAUCCAACCACGUUCAUCAGAAUGGUUUGGUUCUUCUUCAAGCCGAUCAUUAGCGAAAAGUUCAAGAGCAAACUCAUCUACACGAGCAGCCUGGACGAGCUGAAGCAAUCGCUAGGGUUGAACACACUCAAGGUGCCCGAUCCUGUGCGAGAGUUCGACGAGAAGAUCAACAACGGCACACGAUACACGCUGCGGGGCACAAAACCUAGUCUGAAGAGUAGUCGAUCGCUCGAGAACAUCCCAAAGUCGGCCCAGUUCGGGGUGUCGUUGCGAUUCAUCAUCGAAAAUAGCGCCUGUCUCAACUGUAUACCGCCGAUCGUGCGAAAGUGCGUCGAUCAUCUAUCACUACCGGACGUGGUGGAAACGGAGGGUAUCUUCCGGCGGUCCGGAAACUACGCCCGCAUCAAGGAGCUGCGGGCGAAGAUAAACGCCGGCGAAGAAGUUCAGCUGUCGGACGAAGAUACACAUGUGGCCGCCUCCCUCCUCAAGACGUUCUUGCGCGAGCUCGAGGAACCGCUGCUCACGUACGAGCUUUACGACGAUAUCACGCAGUUUGGCGAGUGGAAAACGGAGGAGCAACGGUCGCGCAACGUGAAGCAACUGUUGCGCGAACGGUUGCCAGAGGAGAACUACGAGCUGUUCAAGUACAUCGUCGAGUUUCUGGGCAAGAUAAUGGAGCGCAAGGAUUUCAACAAAAUGACCUCGUCCAACCUGGCGAUCGUGUUCGGGCCGAACCUGAUCUGGCCGAAGCAGGAGCAGAUGUCGCUGGACGAGAUUGGCCCGAUCAAUGCGUUCAUCGACUACGUGCUGCAGCACCAGGACGACAUUUACUUUGUCGACAUCAACAAGAAGGAUCGCGGCUCGUACGAUUAACAGCGGUUGAUCUAAGAAGGUUCGGCAACCGGCUAAAUCGCCCGUCUUGGAGCCUUUUCGAGGAUAACCACAACAAAAUACACAUUGGAACAGGAACAUUCUAUUCCGCGAGCGCGGAUCGCGUAUAUCAUGUAGGUGUCGUUCUGUCUGUAGGACUGCAGUGCCAGGACGAGUGUUAGAUGCAAUUAUCUUUACUAGUGAUAUGCUGUGCGUGUGUUUAUGUGAAGGUUAAAUGAAGGGACAAAACCCAAAUGGGGACCCGUGUACAGAAUGGCCCACGAGUUAGGUUACUUUUGUUUUUCCCACCCCGUUUUUCCUUCCAUUUGUUCGCUAGUUGUAAGUGAGAUGAUUUUAAUCGUGGCAAGAGUAUCCCUUAAGUUACACCACCUAAAGUCAGUACGGUCACGCCGCAAAUUGGUAGCAGAAUUAAGCGGACAGGUGUUCGUGUAAAGUGUAAGCGAUUCUUGUAAAAUAUAUAACGUUAACGCGACGGGAGUGCAAGGAAUAGUCAGAGAAUUAAUGAAUUGUUGAACAUUUUUUUAGCUAAAUAGGUUCUACUAGGUAUAUCUGACCAGAGUGGUGAGGUCGAGCGAGUGAAGUGUUAGGUUUAAAACUGCAAAAAAGUUAACCAUGUACCGUGAGGAGCGCGUUGGAAGGAAGCGUUUUUGGAGGCAAUCGUCGUGGGGUCCGUGUCAAUAUGUGAGACAUUCGUAUUCCCGGUUUUAUGCACUGAGUCGGAUGGUCGACUAGCACGUCCUUGGGGGAAACCAAAGAAACGAGCGAACAGACACAAACAUUUAGCACAGAAAGAAACAUUUGCAGCCAGUUCCGUCGUGACCCGUCCGAGUCUUUUAACUGAGUCGACGUUUCAGGGGGAUACACCAUAACCAUACAACGAUUUUAACCAUGUUCAAAUAUUAACAGUUGAGGAACAUACAACAAGUGUGCAAGUAACGCCAAAUUCAAGUUUUAGAGCAUACAUUUUAAAACCCAUCCCAUAACAAACCGAUAGACUAAAAGGCAACAAACCUACACAAAUAUAAUCGCCAUCAAAGCGCGGACAAUAUAGGAAACAAUAGCACAGCAAAUCAACCAUCGUUCGAGAAAACCGUAGCAGAGCUUCAGUCAGGGCAAAGAUUGCGAAAAGGAAAGGUGAGUGAAACAAUGUGAAAAUUGGAAAGCAAAAUUUGCAGAACCGUAGGAUACACUAAGUAUUAAACUGAAUCAAUUAAUCGAAUGAUAACGAUUGCGCAUUACGAAUUCUUCACACUAAACCAAUUCCCAAUGAGCGAAAAGAAAGUGAAACCGGUGAACCGACCAUGGUGGAGAUUCGAGGAAAUGAAACCUGAAAAUAAAAUUAUGUGUAAAACGAAGU